AUGAGGAGAAAUUAGAUAAAUUAGAAUUUAAAAGGUUAAGGCAUGAUUUAUUCGAAGUUUUCAGGAUAUUAACCGAGCGAGACAAGGUAGAUAACAAUUAACUAUUUCCACUGGUUGAAUAUUCUAUAACUAGGGACUAUAGUCUGAGAAUUAGGGCCAGACUGUGCAGGAGAGAUGUUAGAAAGCACUUCUAAACACAAAGGGUGGUUGAUGUUUGGAACGUUGUUCCAUAAAUGGCAGUGGAGGCAGGAUCAGUUAUUAAUUUUAAAUCUGAGAUAAAGUUUUGUUAAGCAACGUAUUAAGAGAUAUGUGCCCAAGUACGUGGGGUUAGGGCAUAGAUCAGCUGCGAUCCCAUUGAAUGGUGCAACAGGCUCAAGGGGCUGAACAGCCUACUCCUGUUCCUACGUUCCUCAGAUAUCCACAUCAAUCCUUUCAAUGAAAGACAAUUAACUUUGUUUUAGAAGUAGAUAUUUUAAGCCACUGCACAGAAGUCGCAAAGAGGCCUGUACCUGUACUUAAGCUCCCUUGUCAUUGGAUUGGUGAAGGAAUGUUGGAUGGUCUCUUAACAAACACUAAUGGAAGGACCAGCAUGAAAUUGUCCACCUUGGAAAAUAACUAAAACUGAGGAGAAGUGAAUCAUAUUGUGGAGAGCUAUGGUAUAUGUUUUGGUUUUGUCCCAGGGAAGAAGUGAAUGAACCUUCAGGGUUUGUGUAAUGUAUAAGGGAGGUUUGAGUGGUGGGGGAAGGAUGGGGGAGAAAUAAGAAGUCAGUGUGUAACUGUAUUGUUUAUAAGAUUUACUUUUAACUUUGUCAUUGUUUUAUUUAAUUUAGAUAUACAAUAACACCUGUUUGUUUUUAAGGCAAAGCGAAAUUUGUGGUGGAGUUCUGUCUGCUGCGUGUUCAGAUUUCUUCUUUACGUGUUAACAUCCUUAACAGGAUCACAGCAACACUCGAUCCUGCAACUUUGUUGUGAUGUUCUAUUUCCAGUGACACUUCUUGUCUUGGCAGUUGCUUGAUGACAGUUUCAAUAUUUGAUUGUGUUACUCAACAUGUUAUUCCUCCUGCCCUUUACAUUGCAAGGAAUAUAUAAUCAUCUUCCAAUACACCUCACUUAAUACUGAAAUGUUAUAAGAGAGCACAUCAACAUUCUGAAAGUUAGAAUUUAUAACAUUCAAAGGUUUCUAUAAAACUAAACCUAAAUGAUCACGUAGAUCAUAUUAAUUCCUAUUAAUAGUGUGUGACCACAUUCAUAUUAUUUAUAACAGCAGUAACAAGACCUAAGCAGGUGUUCCAUGGCAUGGAGGAGAGGAAUGAUCUUGCAUGGUUUUGUUUGUGAACAGGACCUUGCAGAACAGUGAAUGUUGACAUCAAAUUGGCAGUUGGCUCGUCGGACUGCAAUUAUCCUAAUGUUUGAACAGUAACUGGGUUAAAUGUUAGAACAUGACUGCAGUUUGUGACUUUAACCCAAGCCCAGCACGACCAAUGUUAUGUAAACUUGCAUUGUAAUUUUUAUAAUAGUGAAUUCUUGAUGAGAGAUUUGUAAUAGUCAGUAAUUGAUAGCAAAUAAGAUUGUCAAGCAGCAGCUUUUACUCAUUCGUCUAUGUCAGAGCCUCUUAUUCCGGCUUCAGCAAAUUGAAAUGUGUGGAAAGCGUCGGUGAUAUUUGAAAAUAUAACUAUAGAAAUUCACUGGAGAAAUAUGUCUGUGUGAAGAAAGGAAAUCAAUAUAUGAUAAAAUGUUUUCAUUCGCUUGUUAUUCAAUUGGAACAAGAAGCAUUUUUUUCCUGGUUUUGUCGUCUUCACUAAGGUCUCCUGGGAUUUGAAUUUAUUUUUGCCUUUUUAUAGGAACAUUUUAGAACUGAUUGAAUUUUUUGAGGAUGAAGCGCACUUCUAUCUGGUGUUUGAAAAAAUGCGUGGAGGUUCUAUUUUGACCCACAUCCAGAGAAGAAAGCACUUUAAUGAGAGAGAAGCAAGCAUUGUUGUGAAAGACAUUGCAUCUGCCUUGGAUUUUCUGCACACCAAAGGUAUAGCACAUAGAGAUCUGAAGCCAGAGAACAUCCUUUGUGAAUUCGCAGAACAGAUAUCCCCAGUGAAGAUUUGCGACUUUGAUCUUGGCAGUGGGGUGAAGUUGAGCAGCGCAUGUACUCCAAUUUCAACUCCUGAGCUGAUGACACCGUGUGGUUCUGUGGAAUACAUGGCUCCUGAAGUAGUGGAGACAUUCACCGAGGACGCGUCAUUUUAUGAUAAGCGUUGCGAUUUGUGGAGUCUUGGAGUAAUACUGUACAUCAUGCUGAGUGGCAACCCACCCUUUGUGGGGAACUGUGGAACAGAUUGCGGCUGGGACAGAGGCGAGGCCUGUCUGGCUUGUCGGAACAUACUAUUUGAGAGCAUACAGGAAGGUAAAUACGAGUUCCCUGAGAAGGACUGGGCUCACAUCUCUGCUGGGGCCAAGGAUUUGAUUUGUAAGUUGUUGGUGCGUGAUGCAAAGGAUAGGCUCAGUGCUGGACAAGUUCUUCAGCAUCCCUGGGUGCAGGGGAAUGCGCCAGAAAGACGUCUGCCCACACCACAACUACUACAAAGAAACAGUAGCACAAAGGAUCUGACUGAUUUUGCUGCAGAAGCCAUUGCCUUCAACAGGCAGCUUUCACAGCAAGACGAGGAGAUGCGAGGGGAACAGGAAGCUAUCAUCAAGACUGUUUGUUCUAUGCGACUUUCCCCUCCUUCCAAUUCCAAACUUGCUAAACGCAGGGCCAAGACACAGGCUGAGAAAAUCUCUCAGUGGCAGUUACCCAUCUCAACAAUGAGUGUCUAUGAUGGGACUUCUUGACAUAUAUCUAAUAGAUUUUAUCCAAUACAGAACUGCUCUGAAGUAAUGGCCUAGUCUAAUAGUCAGUACCUGACUGCCCUUGUUUUGUGGUUUUGGACAUUGGUCAUGUAGUUCUGCAAAGUUUUAAUUUAAAAGGAACAUUAUUUGUCUGCUUAACCUAUAGCAGCCAACUUUAAUAUUUUUGUACAAUGAGAGGUUAUAGGACAAUAUUUUUAAACAUUGUACAUUGUUAUAAAUAUAUUUAUUUUUAUCUUAA